AUGGCGACGAGGACAAAUAGGCAAAUGAAGCCUACCAACAGGAAUGUGCAUAUGGCGAGCAAGAUACACACCGUAUAUUCGGAAGUAAUCAUCCGAGCAAGCCCCUUUGUCCAAUUGCACAUGGCCAACGUUUGCAUUGCCGCCAAGCCACUGCAACGCCUCACUGGUGGCGGAUGA